AUGACCUCUGCAACUACAACCUUAACCCUAUGCCAGUGUCAAUACCAAUCUUUUUCCACUUCUUCUCCUCGUCUUCCUGGCAGGGUUACAUGCAGAGCCUCUGAGUCUCAGCCUCAGCUUUCAGUGUCCACAGUUGACAAAACCCUCUGCCAAAUCAAGAGUUCCGGUGUCAUAGCUUGCCUCAGAGCCAAUAGUGCAGAAGUGGCCAUGGAAGCUGCAAAUGCUGCAAUAGCUGGUGGCAUUUCAGUUUUGGAGAUUGUGAUGUCUACCCCAGGUGUGUUUGAGGUUCUAGAGAAGUUGGUGAAGGAGCAUCCUAGAAUAGCUCUAGGGGUUGGAACUGUUCUCAGGAUUGAGGAUGCAAAAACUGCAAUUAAUACAGGCGCUAAAUUCCUGAUGAGUCCUGCAAUCGUUAAGGAUAUUUUGGAUUAUGUUCAAGGUGGUGAAAUUUUAUAUAUUCCUGGCGCAAUGACUCCAACUGAAAUAUUGUCUGCGUAUGAUGCGGGUGCAAAAAUGGUCAAGAUUUAUCCGGUUUCUGCACUUGGAGGAUUUCAGUAUAUAUCAGCAUUGAAAAAGCCUUUUCCUCAUGUUUCAAUGGUUGCUUCUCAGGGAAUUACAAUAGAUUCUAUGGAAGAAUAUAUUAUACGAGGAGCAUCAUCAGUUGUUUUGUCAGAUGCUAUAUUUGAUAAAGAGGCAAUGUCUCAAUGUAAUUUCAGGAAGAUAUAUAAACUUGCACAAUCUGCUACCUUGUUGGGUAACCAAGCUGUGAAUAGGUGA